UUUCGCUCUUCAUCUUGUUUCUUUUCUUCUAUCCUAAUAUUUUGAAAUCAUUGAUCUUUAUGAUGUCUUCAUGAGUUUUCAUCGGUUAAUGCGCGUUUUAGAAUGGGGAAAAUUAACCGAUGAAAUCUAAACAUAAUGCUGGAUGGACUCCAGUUCCACAGUUCGGAGGAUGGGACCAAAUCGGACCAAAUGACGAAACAAACUACUCGGUUGUCUUCUCCAAAGCUCGCGCUAACAGGAAGCAGAACAAAGCUGGUGUGAGACAUUCUAGUUUGGGAAGCCAACAAGAACUCAUGGCAAGUGCUCGUCGCAACCACCAGCAACUUCACCAUCGCCACGAAACUCAAGACGAUGACCCUGUCAUGAAGAAGAAGAGGAUCUUGACCUACAUUAAUUGUUGUAUCAGGCCAAACUAGGCCCUUGUUCCAAAAACUUGCAAUCUAUCUGUCCUCGAUGACAUUGCAAAAAUACGUUGCAGCGUGUAAUGAAUGAGUGUAACAUUUCUGUAAUCUUCUUCAUCAAAAGGAAAGGAAAAAACGGAGACGUACGUUUCUGUAAUAUAUGUGCAUCAUCUGUUAAUAUACUCCACUCCUGGUUGGUGUGUAUAUACUUUCUGACUUA